CAUCUGAUUCUAUAACUUGCAGUGGCAUCCCUUUGUGCUUGGUUAGAAAAUGGUGAGCUAAUUGUAUGAUAGUUGUCACAUAUAUUCUGAUAAGUGAAAUCCAACAAAAUUCUAUCGUCAACCAUAAAGAAGACCACCUUUCCAAUUGCAACUUCUACUGCUCACAGUUGAGGUUGUGAGUCACCAUGAUCCUUGGAUUUUUAUGCCCGCAUAUCUUCGCUUGAUGCGUAACGAUAGGAGUCCAUGAAGGACGUUAUCUUUUCACUGACAAGGAGAGAAGCUGGUAACUCAACUGGUGGAGAAUAUGUAACAGCAUUCUUGCAUUCUAUAUAAAGACUUUCAUGGGUAGAACACUAACAUAGCUAAAAAGUUUGCAGCAAGUAUUGUUCAGCAGCAACAUGGGAGAUGAACUCUCUGGCAAUGAAGAAGCACAAGUAUUGCCUGAUUCUGCUCCCAAACAAGGCGGCUGGACUACUUUCCCCUUAAUUGCUGGGACCCUGAUGGGAUCGAGCAUAGCUGUAUCAGGAUGGGCAAACAGCUUAAUUGUGUAUAUGAUAGAAAAAUUCCAUGUAAGAAGCAUUGAUGCUACUCAAACUUUUAACAUGGCAGCUGCUUCCACUAGUCUACUUCCAGUGAUUGCAGCAAUCCUUGCUGAUUCCAUUUUAGGAUGCUAUUCUGUCAUCUGGAUGUCUUCUCUCGUCUCUGUCCUGGGGAUUAUCCUCAUUGCCUUAACAGCUAUGCUUGAACCCUUGAAGCCUCAACCAUGUCAAAAUGGAUCAAGCAUGUGCCCAACCCCGUCAAAAGUUCAAUUUUCUGUCCUUUAUUCAGGCAUAGCACUAGCAUCUAUAGGGGUGGCAGGCACUCGCUUUACCAUUGCAGCUAUGGGGGCUAAUCAAUUUGAGAAUCCCAAGGAUCAAAGGGUUUUCUUCAAUUGGUUUGCUGUCACUUUGUAUACCUCAAUGGUAUUAGGUGCCACAGUAAUUGUUUAUAUUGAGGAAAAUGUAAGUUGGGCAUUAGGAUACUGCCUAUGUGUUGCAGUCAACGUUGUUGGAUUAGCCAUUUUCUUGUUAGGAAAACGUUAUUAUCGACAUGUGAAGCCUCAGGGGAGCCCUUUUACAAGCUUGGCUCGUGUCAUUGUUUCAACCUUUCUCAAGAGGAAGGUUCCUCUUUCAUGCAGAGCUGAAGAUUACUACCAUCACAAAGAUGGACAAAUGGACAAGAGAUAUUCAAUGCCUACUAAAAGCUUCGGGUUUCUAAACCACGCCGCAUUGGAAACUGAAGGAGACACCAAGGUGGAUGGAUCAAUUGCAAAAUCAUGGAGGUUGUGCUCAGUACAACAAGUUGAGGAUCUGAAAACCCUGUUAAGAAUUUUCCCAUUGUUGUCAAGUGGCAUUAUUUUGUGCACCACAUUACCAGUUGUAAGUACCUUGACAAUCCUCCAAGCUCUAACCCUGGACCGCCAUCUUGGACCAAAUUUAAAAGUCCCAGCAGGAUCCAUGAUAGUAUUCAUACUAACCUCAACUGCCAUCAAUCUCACUUUCAUCGACCGGUUCCUUUUUCCCAUGUGGCAGAAGAUAACUCACAGAUCACUGAUGCCCCUUCAACGGAUAGGACUUGGCCACGUGUUUAACAUGACAGGGAUGGCUGUUGCUGCCCUGAUCGAAUCAAAAAGGUUAAAAUUUGCUCAAAUUCACCAUGUUUCAGACCAUCCAGGGUCCAUUGUUCCUAUGUUGGUCCUGUGGUUGGUGCCACAGCUAGUGUUGGUUGGAGUUGGAGAAUCAUUCCAUUAUCCAGGACAAGUCACACUGUACUAUCAAGAAUUUCCAAAGCCACUGAGGAGCACAGCAACUGCAAUGAUUUCAGUAGUGGUGGGAAUUGCCUAUUAUUUAAGCACUGCCGUAAUUGAUCUAGUUCGCACGGUCACUGCAUGGUUACCAGACGAUAUAAACAAGGGAAGGCUGGGAAAUGUCUAUUUGAUGUUUGCCGUCAUGCAAAUGUUUAACUUUCUUUAUUUUCUUAUCUGUGCCAAGUGUUAUAAGUAUCAGAGUUUGGAAGAAGGGAAUAAAGGCAACAAUGAGAGUUGUAACGCUGAGAAAUGAUGCUGAAGGUGAAGCGACUGAUGAGAGCUUGGAACAUGGUCAUGUGUAAGUCUAUGUCGGGCUCUCCCUAGAUUUUUGUUGGAAUUGGAGAAGCAUUUCAAUUUUUUCUAGGCCAUCAAACAGUAAUGGAGGGGAAUGGGAAUGACAAUUUAAAAGCAAUGAUGAUGUGGAAGAAAAUGAAAUGCUAAAUGCAAUUAGAAAUGUGUAAUGGUAAUCUUAUCCAAAUAUACACAACAUCCACAGUGCCAAUGUUGGGUUUGUGGAUAUUUCUGCUGCUAUUUCAUUUCCCAAGUCAAAACUGCAUUGAUUCAUAUCACGAUUUUCCUCUUUCUUUGACUACUAUGAAACUGGUUAUUGGA